AAAUCAACCAUUUUCCACCCAUUUCUCAAACACACGUGUUUUAUAACCAAACAAAACCUAGGAAACCUAUAUUUAAAAUAAACAUUUUACAAAAUGAAAAAAACUAAAAAGCCUGUGCAAGUCGCAGAACAGUCAGAUUCCGAAGAGGAGUUAGAUCCGGAAAAACAUAAAAAAUCUUUAGAAAAGCUAAAGAAGAUAGACCCUGACUUCUAUAACUUCUUAGAGGAGAAUGAUGAGAACUUGUUGAAUUUCGGCGAGGAGUCCGGUGACGAGGAGGCCUCGGGUGAUGAGAAGGAUGACGAUGAUCUAGUACACACCCCCGGCCCGCUCCAGGCCGACAGCGAUGAGAGUGACUUUGAGGAGGAGGAUGCCAAACCAGCUAAAGGCAAGAUCACUCUCAAACUGGUUGCACAAUGGCAAACAGAGUUGCAAAGUGAGACCAAAAUCAAGCUAACCACACUGACCACAGUUAUUAAGGCUUUUAAUGCAGCUAUGUUAAGAGCCACCAGUGAUGAUGGUACUUCAGAAGGAGAGUUCAAAGUUGAAGGAUCCUCUGUCUUCAACGCCGUUAUCCAAAUGUGUGUUCUAUACUUGCCCGCUGCCAUUAAGAAGUAUCUUGCCAUGGAGCAGUCUGGAAAAGAUCCACAAAAAUGCAAACACUUUGUCAAAAUCAAAGGCCCAUUAGUUGCCUAUUUGAAUGAUCUGCUGAAGCUCCUAAGUGGUGUGAUGUCAGAGAACAUUUUGACUGUGCUCCUGAAACAUCUACACCAGAUGUCUGUGUAUGUGGCUUGCUUCAGCAGGAUAGCCAAACUGUCACUCAAGAAACUAAUAACAUUCUGGAGCACUGGUGAGGAAACUGUCAGAGUAUUGGCUUUCCUCUGCAUAUUGAGGAUAACAAGGAACCAGCAAGCAACACUCCUAGAUAUGGUGUUGAAGGCCAUGUACCUGACAUAUGUGAAGAAUUGCAAAUUUGUCAGCCCCACCACAUGGCCUGGAAUAAACUUCAUGAGGAGAUCCUUGGUCGAAAUGUUCACCUUGGACCUGAAUGUGUCUUAUCAACAUGUAUUCCUUUACAUCAGGCAGUUGGCAAUUCAUUUGAGGAAUGCCAUAGUUGUACAGAAGAUUGAAAACAGGCAAGCGGUGUAUAACUGGCAGUUUGUCAACUCUCUGCACUUGUGGGCAGAUCUGAUGGCCGCAACCUCUAACAAGCCCCAGCUCCAACCGCUAAUCUACCCUCUGACCAUGGUCAUAACAAACACCAUAAAACUAGUACCAACACACCAAUACUACCCCCUGAGAUUCCAUUGUGUUGAGAUAUUGAUGCAUUUAUCUAAAGAGUCUAAUACUUUUAUACCUAUCCUACCCUUCCUUGUAGAGGUGUUAUCAUAUGAUUUCAACAAGAAACACAAGAAAGUUUCUAUGAAGCCUCUGGAUUUCUCGUGCAUUUUACGAUUGGCGAAAUCCCAACUAAUGGAGAAUGGAUUCAAAGAUGCUGUCAUUGACAGACUGUAUGGUCUGUUAUUGGAGUGUUUGGCAAAUAUUUCGCAUUCCAUUGCCUUCCCAGACAUCGUCCUUCUGACUGUACUACAGUUGAAGCAAUUCUUGAAAACAUGCUCGGUUUCAAACUACACGAAAAAAUUCCGCCAACUACUCGACAAAAUAGAAGAAAACUCUAAAUUCAUAGAAAGAGAAAGAGCUAAAGUGAGCUUCUCUCUUAACGACAGUAAAGUGAUCACGGCUUGGGAGACUAAUAUCCGGACAAAAGGCACACCGUUGCUGUCAUUCUUCGAAAACUGGAGCAAGAUAAAUAAGAUACAAAAGCGUAAGAAGCUUACAAAGAAUGACGAAAUUGCUGGAGAGCUGCCUAUGAUCAAGAGGCAGAAGAUAUCUGACGAAGUUGUCAAUAAUCCCAAACCAGAGCAUAAAGGGCCGUUGGUGCUGUUCCCAUCUGACAGUGAAGACGAGAAAGAUGACAAGGAACAUUUCAAACUGGACGACGACGACAGUCCGCCUAAAGCAAAAAAAGUGAAAAAAGUUAAAAAGAAGAAAGCAGUGAAGAAAAAAGUGACACAAGAAGAAUCUGAAGAUGAUAUAGCUGAUAAGGAUGAUGUUGUGCAAGAGUUAAGUGUUAGCGAUUGGUAAUUAAAGUUUUACUUCUUACACAA